AAAGAUUUUGAAAGCUACGAAAAGCGCACAAACUUCUCAAACCAUGAGACGCCACCGGUAUGACAACGAUACCACGGUAAUUAGUCCACAGGGACGGAUAUUCCAGGUGGAGUAUGCCAUGGAGGCAGUGAAGAAGGGAGAGGCCACCGUGGGUCUGAAGAACAAGGACUUCACCGUGCUGGCUUCACUCUACGAGCCAUCGGCUGAAGGGACAAUGCAGCGAAAGAUAAUGCCCGUGAGCUCGCAGCUGGGCAUAUCCUUUGCGGGUGUGGCACCCGAUGCCAAAACCCUCUUCCGCCACAUGCUGACCGAGACAUUCACCUAUCGCGUUUCGUACAUCGGGAAAAUACCUGUAGAUCGGCUGAUGAUCAAUCUGGGCAAAAAGGUGCAAGCCCAAACCAACCGCUACGAUCGUCGCCCCUUUGGGGCUGGCCUCUUGGUGGCGGGCUACGACGAGCAGGGAUCCCACCUCUUCCAGGUGAUGCCAUCGGCCACUGUCAUCAAAUGCCUAGCCACUGCGAUUGGGUCGCGUUCGCAGAUAGCACGCGACUACCUGGAGCAUCACAUGCAACACUUUGAGGGCUGCUCGAAGGAUGAUUUAAUUUGCCACGGCAUUCGGGCCAUUCGCGGACCGCUGGGCAUCGAGCAGAAACUCAACAUACAAGUGGCCAUCGUGGGCAAAGACGUAGAGUUCAAAGUCUUUGGCGAGAAAGAGACUGAAAAGUAUCUCCAAAUGGCAAGCCAGUCAGCAGAUGGAGCCGAUCUUUAA